AUGGCGGGGUGAAAAUGCCUGUAUUGCGCGCGCCUUGGCGAGUGUGCGUGCAUCUGGUGUGAAUCAUGCCUAGAAAACCGAUCCAACUCGAGUAUCAUUUGGUGCGCUACCCUUAUGUUUCAGUUGUAUUUACCUUGGUUUUAUGUGUCCCUGGAAUGUGGUAUGUCAUGGUAUUUUGUGUGUGAGGGGAGGUAGACCAGCCUGGGGAAUAUGGCUACCCAUUCAUCCACGGGAGCCUCUGAAACGCUAAUAAAAACCAGGACUGUCGGUGGACAUCGGCUCAUGGGAUGUGAUCUUAUUAGCACGCAGCCUAGCGACGUCUACACUACUCCAAGUAGGCUAUCCACCAUUGAAACGCAAUUGUCUUAUAUAUUCUAUGGUCUUAUUAGGGAACAAUGAAAUGUGGAAGGGGCGACGGCAACCUGUUGGUUUUGAGUGAAAACGCGGUACGAGAAAGGGAGAGCAGAGGAACUACAUUUUCACUGAUAGCAGGGGGGCGGAAUGGCUUUAGAAGUCACCCCACCCCCCACGCCUAGCUCUUCGCUACCUGAAAAGACCGAGAGGGUCGCAUUUGAGCGAAGAAAAUCAGCUAUUUCGCAAGAUAAACACAAAUGGACGAUGGUUGUUAUUAAAAUGUAACUUAUAAUCGGAAGCGACUGUUGCAACAUUGUAACCGCAAACUAUGUAACCGAUAUUGCAACUAAGUAGCAAUGUGGCGUCGAUAAUUGCCCCUCUUGCUCCCGUUUUUUCCAGGUAAUGCAUGGGUCCCUCGAUAUUUUUUUUGGGAGGGGGGGGGUUCGUUUGAGCUCAUGACGAUCGCUUUUCUAGUGGUGGUCAGGGCUUUGUCUUUCGGCCUAUGUGUCUUCACGGUGGCGACAGGGCCUGCGUUUGUAAAAGCGUUUAUUGCCCUAACUUCCCUUGCUCCCACUAGCACAUUUACAGACCUAUAUCCAUCCUGCCCUGCCUUUCGAAAGUAUUUGAAAGCCAAGUUAACAAACAGAUCACCGACCAUUAUGAAUCCCACCAUACCUCUGGUCAUGGGUGCACCUCAGCCACGCUCAAGGUCCUAAACUAUAUUAUAACCGCAAUCGAUAAAAUACAGUACUGUGCAGCUGUCUUCAUCGACCUGGCCAAGGCUUUCGACUCUGUCAAUCACCGCAUUCUUAUUGGCAGACUAAAUAGCCUUGGUUUCUCAAAUGACUGCCUCGCCUGGUUCACCAACUACUUCUCAGAUAGAGUUCAAUGUGUCAAAUCGGAGGGCCUGUUGUCUGGACCUCUGGCAGUCUCUAUGGGGGUGCCACAGGGUUCAAUUCUCGGGCCGACUCUAUUCUCUGUAUAUCAAUGAUGUCGCUCUUGCUGCUGGUGACUCUCUGAUCCACCUCUACGCAGACGACACCAUUUUGUAUACAUCUGGCCCUUCAUUGGAAACUGUGUUAACAAAUCUCCAAACAAGCUUCAAUGCCAUAACACUCCUUCCGUAGCCUGCAAUUGCUCUUAAACGCUAGUAAAACUAAAUGCAUGCUCUUCAAUCGAACGCUGCUUGCACCCGCCCGCCCGACUAGAAUCACUACUCUCGGCAGGUCUGACUUAGAAUAUGUGGACAACUACAAACACCUAGGUGUCUGGUUGGACCGUAAACUCCUCCUUCUCACUUUAAGCAUCUCCAAUCCAAAGUGAAAUCUAGAAUCAGCUUCUUAUUUCGCAAAACAAAGCCUCCUUCACUCACGCUGCCAAACAUGCCCUCGUAAAACUGACUAUACUAUACUGACUUCGGCGAUGUUAUUUACAAAAUAGCCUCCAACACUCUACUCAGCAAAUUGGAUGUAGUCUAUCACAGUGCCAUCCGUUUUACAUUACAUUUACGUCAUUUAGCAGACGCUCUUAUCCAGAGCGACUUACAAAUUGGUGCAUUCACCUUAUAAUAGGCAGUGGGACAACCACUUUACCAAUUUAUUUAUUUUAAUUUUUUGAGUAUAUUUUUAAUUUUCAUUUGUUUUAUGUUUUCUUAUUUUCUUAUUUUUUGUGGGGGUGGGGUAGGGUUUUCUCACCAAAGCCCCAUAUACUACCCACCAUUGUGACCUGUAUGCUCUCGUUGGCUGGCCCUCACUACAUAUUCGUCGCCAAACCCACUGGCUCCAGGUCAUCUAUAAAUCACUGCUAGGAAAAUCCCCGCCUUAUCUUAGCUCAUUGGUCACCAUAGCAACACCCACCCGUAAUAUGCGCUCCAGCAGGUAUAUCUCACUGGUCAUCCCCAAAGCCAACACCUCCUUUGGCCGCCAUUCCUUCCAGUUCUCUGCUGCCAAUGACUGGAACAAAUUGCAAAAAUCUCUGAAGCUGGAGACACUUAUCUCCCUCACUAUAUUUAAGCAUCAGUUGUCAGAGCAGCUUACCGAUCACUGCACCUGUACACAGCCCAUCUGUAUUUAGCCCACCCAACUACCUCAUCCCCAUAUUGUUAUUUAUUUUGGUCAUUUGCACCCCAGUAUCUCUAUUUGCACAUCAUCUUCUGCACAGCUAACACUCCAGUGUUAAUACUAAAUUGUAAUUAUUUUGCACUAUGGCCUAUUUAUUGCCUUACCUCCAUAACUUACUACAUUUGCACACACUGUAUAUAGAUUUUCUAUUUUUGACUGUACGUUUUUGUUUGUCCCAUAUGUAACUCUGUGUUUUUUAUCGCACUGCUUUGCUUUAUCUUGGCCAGGUCGCAGUUGUAAAUGAGAACUUGUUCUCAACUGGCCUACCUGGUUAAAUAAAGGUUAAAUAAAAAAUUAAAUUAACCAUAUGUGGUACUAUGGUAGCCUAUAAUUACUAUUACAGACAAUGUUUCCAAUCACUUUAGUGUGUGUUAGGAGGUCAGGGGGAUGGGAAAAUAGAAGGAUGUGUGUGUAUACGAGAGCAAGACCACUGUAGGCCCGUGUAGCUCAGUUGGUAGAGCAUGGCGCUUGCAACGCCAGGGUUGUGGGUUCGUUUCCCACGGGGGGCCAGUAUGAAAAUGUAUGCACUCACUAACUAAGUCGCUCUGGUUAGGAGCGUCUGCUAAAUGACUAAAAUGUAAAUGUAUAUAGGUUAUGUAUGCCUCAUGCCUGUGUGUGUGUAUUACAUCACAGCUCUGAAGGUGUGUAUUACAUUUAGCACCUGCCUGUGGUCAGCUGUGUGUCACCUGCAGCACUGGUCUGUAGUGUGUGUUUUAACCCAUUCCACUCAUCCACUUUCCCAAAUGAGCCCUUGAAACUGAAGAAGUGAGACACGAGCAUCCAGUUUACUAGAGAAACUAGCCCCAUCUGUGUGAGGGAACUUUAAAAACAAAACGCAUACUGCUGAUGCAUGAUUGAUGGCUGAGUGUGUUUGGGGGUGUGGCGGAAUAGAGGGAACUGAAGUGGAUGAAAUCCUGUUGCGCCUUGAUUUGGAAUGAUUGGAAAUACAUUGCGUUGGCUGCAUGAGAUGAGAAGAACCGUACAGAGUUGGGCAUCUUAUAUGAACCGGGUGUGGUUCCUAGAGUUAUGUUUGUCUAAUCUGGGUCCAUCUUUGCCCUUCUGACUCUACAUUACAUUGAAGUCAUUGAAUCUUUCUUUUGAUUCGCUGAGGGGAAUUGAUCAAAUUGUGAAACGUUCGAUCUAAAAUCCUCGAUUGUGAUACAUUUUUGGAAACCUUGAGCACAAUUUAUAAUCCAAAAACAACUUUACUAAUACAAAAGUUGUAUUUGUCACAUGCGCCGAAUACAACCGGUGUAGACCAUACCGUGAAAUGCUUACUUACAAGCCCUUAACCAAGAAUGCAGUUUUAAGAAAAUAUUUAUUAAAUAAAGUAAAAAGUAACACAAUAAAAUUAUUAAGACAAUAGUAAAUAGUAAUAUGCCAUUUAGCAGACGCUUUUAUCCAAAGCGACUUACAGUCAUGUGUGCAUACAUUUUUACGUAUGGGUGGUCCCGGCGAUCGAACCCACUACCCUGGCGUUACAAGCGCCAUGCUCUACCAAUUGAGCUACAGAGGACCACAUGCUAUGUGCGGGGGUACAGGUUAGUCGAGGUAAUUUGUACAUGUAGGUAGGGGUAGAGUGACUAUGCAUAGAUAAUAAACAGCGAGUAGCAGCAGUGUAAAAACAGGGGGGGGUUAAUGUAAAUAGUCCGGGUGGCCAUUUUAUUAAUUGUUCAGCAGUCUUAUGGCUUGGGGGGUAGAAGCUGUUAAGGAGCCUUUUGGACCUAGACUUGGCAUUCCAGUACCGCUUGCCGUGCAGUAGCAGAGAGAACAGUCUAUGACUUGGGGGACUGGAGUCUUUGACACUUUUUUUUGCCUUCCUCUGACACCGCCUAGUAUAGAGGUCCUGGAUGGCAGGUAGCUUGGCCCCAGUGAUGUAUUGGACCGCACACACUACCCUCUGUUGGCGCCUUACGGUCGGAAGCCGAGCAGUUGCCAUACCAGGCAUUGAUGCAACCGGUCAGGAUGCUGUCGAUUAUGCAGCUGUAUAACUUUCUGGGGGCCCAUGACAAAUCUUUUCAGUCUCCUGAGGGGGAAUAGGCGUUGUCGUGUCCUCUUCACGACUGUCUUGGUGUGUUUGGAUCAUGAUAGCUUGUUGGUGAUGUGGACACCAAGGAACUCGAAGCUCUCAACCUGCUCCACUACAGCCCUGUUGAUGUGAAUAAGGGCUUGUUUCCUUUGUCUUGCUCACGUUGAGGGAGAGGUUGUUAUCCUGGCACCACACUGCCAGGUCUCUGACCACCUCCCUAUAGGCUGUCUCAUCGUUGCCGGUGAUCAGACCUGCCAGCAAACUUAAUGAUGGUGUUGGAGUCAUGACCUGCCUUUCAAAGCACUUCAUAGCUAACGACGUUGGUGGUAUUCAUUUAGGCAUGUUACCUUUUCUCGUUCUUGGGCACAGGGACUAUUGUGGUCUGCUUGAAACAUGUAGGUAUUACAGACUCGGUCAGGGAGAGGUUGAAAAUGUCAGUGAAGACACUUGCCAGUUGGUCCUUUGCAUGCUCUGAGUACAUGUCCUGGUAAUCCGUCUGGCACCGCGGCCUUGUGAAUAUUGACUGGUUUAAAGGUCUUGCUCUCAUGCAUGCUUCAGUGUUGCUUGCCUCAAAGCGAGCAUAAAAGGCAUUUAGCCCAUCUGGUAGACUCGUGUCACUGUGCAGCUCGCGGCUGGGUUUCCCUUUGUAGUCCGUAAUAGUUUGCAAGUUCACAUCCAAUGAGCGUCAGAGCCGGUGUAAUCCAUGGCUUCUGGUUGGGAUAUGUACGUACGGUCACUUUGGGGAUGACGUCGUCGAUGCACUUAUUGAUGAAGCCGGUGACUGUGGUAUACUCCUCAAUGCCAUUGGAUGAAUCCCGAAACAUAUUCCAGUCUGUUAGCAAAACAGUCCUGUAGCGUAGCAUUCGCAUCAUCUGACCACUUUCGUUUUGAGCGAGUCACUGGUACUUCCUGCUUUGGUUUUUGCUUUUAAGCAGGAAUCAGGAGGAUAGAAUUUUGCCCUGUUUCCUAUCGAAAUGCAUUGAAAAUUGUGCACUGUCUCUUUAAGAAUGUCACGUUUGGGUGUGAUGACAUGCAAUUCAUUCAUUGCUAUGAUCAUUUGAUCUCCUGAAGAAGCUGUCCUUUUAACAUUCUUUCUGUGCCCCCAAAUGUUUGGAUAUACUGCUAAAGUUGCCAGGUUGUUAGCCAGCUAAUGAGGUAACGUCAUGACUGAACAAGGUGUUAACGGCCCGCAACAUGGUUUACCUGGGUGGUAGGUAGCCUAGAUGUUAAUAGUGUCGGACAAGUAACCAAAAUGUCGCUGGUUCGAAUCCCGAGCCGACUAGGUGGGGAAAAAAUAUGUGCCCUUGAGCAAGGCACUUAACCAUAAUUGCUCAUGUAAGUCUCUCUGGAUAAGAGCGUCUGCUAAAGGACUAAAAAAAGUUAAAUGGUUUAUGAAUGUAAAAUGCGGCCCACCAACGGCGAAGCAUCCAGCAAAACGUAGCGCAGAUAAUAUGGUCACAACUUUUGAACGGUUUGGGCUAGAGACAAGCAGUUCUCUGUGUAGUAAUGCAUCUUUUUCAUGAAUCUUAAUUUUUAUAUAGCGCACUCUGAAAAAGCGGUACAGCAACGCCAAAUCAUUAAAACAAUUAUACUCUGGCUGAUAACUGGUGCUCCCAAAUUAAAAUUACAGGUUUGCACAGAAAUAUGUGACCAAAAUGGUCGCACUUAGAGCCCUGUCCUCCAAAUAGCUUUCAUCCACCCUCUGUGUUGAUCGGUGCAGAUGAAGGAGAGGAAGCCACGUUAGACUAUUGACUUGUACCCUAUUUCAGGGAUGGGCAACUCCAAUCCUGGAGGGGCUGAUUGGUGUCACAGCUAACACAACUGGCUCCAAUAACGAACUAAUCAUGAACUUCAGUUUAAUUUUUUCGUUUAAUCAGCUAUGUUUGCUACGGAUGGGGGGUAAAGUGUUAACUCCCCCUGACAGCAUGUAACUGUUAGUGAAAGGCUGUCAUGAUGAUGACGAUGAUUAUUAUUUCUGCAUGUUUUGUCCUACGACAACAGUCCUCAUCCUACCGACUAUAAACAGGAGAGGAAAUCUCUGUUUGUGUUUACUUCACAGGAACAAGAAGGUGGUGAAUUACUCACAAUUCCAGGAGUCUGAUGACGCAGGUGAGAGAGCGAGAGUUUGUGUGUGCAACUGCAACCCCUCUCCCCUGUAAACUGUGUGUUUAACCCCUUUUUUCCUUCCCUUGUAGAUGAGGAGUAUGGGAAGAACUCCGACAAGCCUAAGAAGCCUCGUGCGGCUCCUCGCGAGGUGAAGCGCAAGCGAUCAAAGAACUCUCAGGAGGACAGGUGAGCCCAGAGAACAGCAGCACAAGGCUGAAUCCUAACUCUCAGGAGGACAGGUGAGCCCAGAGAACCGCAGCACAAGGCUGAAUCUUGACUCAAACUUCAGGGAACAUCUUCCAUUGGCAUCAUGCAUGAUUUAGAAAUAAGAGUUGAGGGCGUUCAACUCAAGAUUUGGUGGUUCUAUUAAAAAGCAGACUUGGUGUGUAUCUUGUUGCUCAAUUGUUGUUUUUUGUUUCAGUGAGGAUUCUGAUGAAAAACUCUCCAAAUCCAAAAAUGAUUCAGCAGGUAAGCCAUUCUGACAUUUCCAUUCAUCAACUGGUUGAUUAACAAUAUUAUAUUUGUGAUAGAUCUAUGAAUUAUGAUAAAUCUAUGAUCCCUUUCAGAAGUGGAAAUGUUGUUCAAGCUUGGUCUUGGGGUUAGGGAAAAUGUCCUUUAGAGGAGGCUAUGGUUAGAGGUUAGGAUCCAGAUAGUGAUGGGGGGGAGAAAUCGAUACAGUUAAAUAUAUUAUUUCUGACUAUGUAUUGUUUUGACAAUAUCGCUAUAUAAUUUUUUUCACUACUUUAUUAACCUUUAUUUAAACAGGGAGUCACAUAAAAACUAUUUAUACUGAACAAAAAUAUAUGCACCAUGUGAAGUGUUGGUCCCAUGUUUCAUGAGCUGAAAUAUUUACAAAAAGCUUAUUUCGCAACAACAAAAAUCACUAAUUUGUUUACAUCCCUUUUAGAGAGCAUUUCUCCUUUGCCAAAAUAAUCCAUCCACCUGACAGGUGUGGCAUGUCAAGAAGCUGCUUAAACAGCAUGAUCAUUACACAGGUGCACCUUGUGCUGGGGACAAUAAAAGGCCACUCUAAAAUGUGCAGUUUUGUCACACAACACAAUGCCACAGAUGUCUCAUGUUUUGAAGGAGAAUGCAAUUGGUAUGCUGACUGCAGGAAUGUCCACACCAGCCCAGGACCUCCACAUCCGGCUUCAUCACCUGCGGGAUCAUCUGAGACCAGACGGCUGAUGAAACUGGGUUGGCACAACCGAAGAAUUUCUGCACAAACUGUCAGAAACCAUUUCAGGGAAGCUCAUCUGCGUGCUUGUCCUCACCAGGGUCUUAAUCUGACUGCAGUUCGGCUUCGUAACCGACAUCAGUGGACAAAUGCUCACUUUCGAUGGCCACUGGCUCGCUGGAGUAAUGUGCUAUUCAGGGAUUUAUCACUGUUUCAACUGUACCGGGCAGAUGGCAGACAGCAUGUAUGGUGUCGUGUGGGCUAGCGGUUUGCUGAUGUCAACGUUGUGAACAGACGGCCCCAUGGUGGCGGUGUGGUUAUGGUAUGGGCAGACAGAUACAGUGGGGGGAAAAAAGUAUUUAGUCAGCCACCCAUUGUGCAAGUUCUCCCACUUAAAAAGAUGAGAGAGGCCUGUAAUUUUCAUCAUGGGUACACGUAAACUAUGACAGACGAAAUUAGAAAAAAAAAUCCAGAAAAUCACAUUGUAGGAUUUUUAAUAAAUGUAUUUGCAAAUUAUGGUGGAAAAUAAGUAUUUGAGACCAAAGAGCUGUCAAAGGACACAAGAAACAAAAUUGUAGACCUGCACCAGGCUGGGAAGACUGAAUCUGCAAUAGGUAAGCAGCUUGGUUUGAAGAAAUCAACUGUGGGAGCAAUUAUUAGGAAAUGGAAGACAUACAAGACCACUGAUAAUCUCCCUCGAUCUGGGGCUCCACGCAAGAUCUCACCCCGUGGGGUCAAAAUGAUCACAAGAACGGUGAGCAAAAAUCCCAGAACCACACGGGGGGGACCUAGUGAAUGACCUGCAGAGAGCUGGGACCAAAGUAACAAAGCCUACCAUCAGUAACACACUACGCCGCCAGGGACUCAAAUCCUGCAGUGCCAGACGUGUCCCCCUGCUUAAGCCAGUACAUGUCCAGGCCCGUCUGAAGUAUGCUAGAGUGCAUUUGGAUGAUCCAGAAGAGGAUUGGGAGAAUGUCAUAUGGUCAGAUGAAACCAAAAUAGAACUUUUUGGUAAAAACUCAACUCGUCGUGUUUGGAGGACAAAGAAUGCUGAGUUGCAUCCAAAGAACACCAUACCUACUGUGAAGCAUGGGGGUGGAAACAUCAUGCUUUGGGGCUGUUUUUCUGCAAAGGGACCAGGACGACUGAUCCGUGUAAAGGAAAGAAUGAAUGGGGCCAUGUAUCGUGAGAUUUUGAGUGAAAACCUCCUUCCAUCAGCAAGGGCAUUGAAGAUGAAACGUGGCUGGGUCUUUCAGCAUGACAAUGAUCCCAAACACACCGCCCGGGCAACGAAGGAGUGGCUUCGUAAGAAGCAUUUCAAGGUCCUGGAGUGGCCUAGCCAGUCUCCAGAUCUCAACCCCAUGGAAAAUCUUUGGAGGGAGUUGAAAGUCCGUGUUGCCCAGCGACAGCCCCAAAACAUCACUGCUCUAGAGGAGAUCUGCAUGGAGGAAUGGGCCAAAAUACCAGCAACAGUGUGUGAAAACCUUGUGAAGACUUACAGAAAACGUUUGACCUGUGUCAUUGCCAACAAAGGGUAUAUAACAAAGUAUUGAGAAACUUUUGUUAUUGACCAAAUACUUAUUUUCCACCAUAAUUUGCAAAUAAAUUCAUUAAAAAUCCUACAAUGUGAUUUUCUGGAUUUCUUUUCCUCAUUUUGUCUGUCAUAGUUGACGUGUACCUAUGAUGAAAAUUACAGGCCUCUCAUCUUUUUAAGUGGGAGAACUUGCACAAUUGGUGGCUGACUAAAUACUUUUUUCCCCCACUGUAUAUACUACGGACAACAAACACAAUUGCAUUUUAUCGAUGGCAAUGUGAAUGCACAGAGAGACCUUGACAAGAUUCUGAGGCCCAUUGUGGUGCCAUUAAUUCGCUGCCAUCACAUGUUUCAGCAUGAUCAUGCACGGCCCCAUGUCGUAAGGAUCUGUACACAAUUCCUGGAAGCUGAAAAUGUCCCAGUUCUUCCAUGUCCUGCAUACUCACCGGACAUGUCACCCAUUGGGCAUGUUUUGGAUGCUCUGGAUCGACGUGUACCACAGCGUGUUCGAGUGCCCUCCAAUAUCUAGCAACUUUGCACACCCAUUGAAGAGGAAUGGGACAACAUUCCAGAGGCCACAAUAAACGGCCACAAUCAACGGCUUAAUAAACUAUGCGAAGGAGAUGUUGCGCUGCGUGAGGCAAAUGGUGGUCACACCAGAUACAGACUGAUCCCCGCCCCUACCUUUAAAAAAAAAUUCUCAGUCAUGUGAAAUCCAUAGGUUAGGGCAUAAUUAAUUCAUUUCAAUUGACUAAUUUCCUUAUGAACUGUAAAUCUCUGAAAUUGUUGCGUUUUAGUGUUUUUCAAUGUAUAUAAAAUAAAACACUAAAUAAAAUGCAACAGCCCUACAAAGACAUUACAAAUAAAACACAAUAAAAUACACAUUAAACAUAUUUAAGAAAAGCAAUCCCAUUCUGUAACAUAAGUCUCCAAUCAAUCAUUGUAAAUGCCUGAAAGGCACCAGAAUAUCUAACUGCAAGGAUUUCUGCAUAUUGUUCCACACCUAAAAAGCAGAUUUUCCCAAUCCUAUGGAGACCAAAGGGAUCUCCAGAGUUAUCCAUCCCUGAGAACGGGUUUGGUAAUUUGUAUGUCUGAAUUUAAUCAAUGAAGUUAUGUACAGAAAAGUUUAUGCAAGACGGCUUUGUAAAUAAGAGUGCAGCUCUCUUCUUACAGACAGAGAGGUCCAUGCCACAUUUUUGUACAGAACACAAUGAUGAGUCCUAAAGACGUCCCGAGUGAUAAAACGAGUUGCUGAAUGGAAUACUGAGUCCAAUGGUUUCAAAACAGAGGCUGCCACAUGCAUAUAAAUAAUGUCAGCAUAGUCUAUUACAGGGAGAAGCCUUGUUUGAACAAUCUUCCUAUUUGUGUCAGAACUGAGGCAGGAUUUAUUUCUAUAUAAAAAAUGUAAAAUAGAUCAUAGAUCUCAGCUUUGUCAUUUUCAAUGUGUGUUUCAAAAGACAACUUGUCAUCAAUCCAGAUACCUAAGUACUCCUAGUGAGAAACAUGCUCAAUUUGGGCUUCAUUUGGAGUGCAAGUACGCAUGUCCUCAGUCAACGUUACGAGACCUAGAGAACGGUAUUUGCAUUUAACACUAAGUUAAUAUCAGGAAGUGAUUGUUGGAUUAAGUCAUGCUGAAGGUCACUAAUGGCCUGCUGCACUGAAGAGGCACAGGAAUAAAUAACUGUAAUCUGUGUAGAGAUGAAUGUUACAGGUGUUAACAGUAUUUCCAAUGUCAUUUAUAUACAACGUGAACAACAAUGGCCCCAAAAUCGAACCCUGGGGUACCCCAUUAAGCACUUUAAGAAAUGUGGAUUUAACCCUGUCUAUCAUAAAAGCCUUGGUUCUGUCACUAAGAUAAUUCUGAAACCACAAACAGGCAUCAGUGCCAAGGCCUAACACGGACAACUUACUCAAUAUGAUAGAAUGAUCAACUGUAUCAAAAGCUUUUGACAAAUCCUAUAAAUAGGGCAGCACAAUUCAUCUUAGCAUCCAAAGCAUUGACAAUAUAAUUUACAACAGAUGUGGUUGCAGUAAUAGUACUGUACCCUGGUCUAAACCCUGAUUGAUGUACAUUCAUAAUACAGUUCACAGAUUUAAAAAAUAUUUAAAAAAGAACGAAGUUGCACAUUCACCAAUGAUUGAAGAAUCUUAGCUAAACAAGGAACCCUUAAUAUGGGACAAUAGUGGUCAAGAUCACAACAAUCACCUCCCUUAUGUAGUGGCAGCGCAUAAGCUUGUUUCCACACUUUAGGAAUAUUUCUUGAUAAGUGUUUAAAUUAAAGAUGUGGGUUAUUAAACCAACAAUGACCUGGAUCCAAGUGGUCGGCCCAUGUAGAUAUCGUAAUGUCAACAACACAUUUUCUGUGAAUUGCCAAAAGGGAAAACCCUGACUGACAUUUUCUAAAUUAUUCAGUAAAAUUCCCCCAUUAACAUCCAGUACAUUGUCACAGUGAGUAGGCUUUUGAAUUGUAUCAGAGAGCCUGCAGAAAUAAAAUGUUAAUUUAAAUUAUUAAAUUAUCAGUAAUAGGGCCAGACUACAUUCAUUUGUAAGGGAAGAGUAGAGGAAGUACAACCCUUUUUAAUUAUUUCACAGUUUUCCAGAAUUUAUAGGGAUUUCCAGUACAGUCAGUGAGUGUCUUUUACACAGAUUUCUCAAUUCUCUGAAGGAUUGCCAGUCCCGGCUGGAGUCAGUACUUCUAGCCAUGGCCCAGGCAACAUCUCUAUUGCGUAUGAACUCAAGAUAGUUAUUACAAAAAUCCUUUAACCGGUCUGAGUCUUGGGUUCCUCAGGACAGGUUCAAGUCACCUGCGACCAACAUCUCAGAAGUAGAAAAAUAAGCUAUUAAGUCAGUGGGACUAGUUAACAAACAUUUCUUAGGGUGGUAGACUCCCGAACAGUUACUUGAGAAUUAGAACCUAGUUGAAGACUUAAAGCUAGAAAUUCAAAUUGUUUAGGACUGGAAGUAGCCUUGAAGAGACACAGAAAGGUGACUUUUUGUAUAGAUAGCAACACCACCACCUUUGCCCGUUCUAUCAGCCCUGAAUACUCUAAAACCAUCAAUAGUAACCUCAGCAUCCACCAUUUUCUCAGAUAACCAUGUUUCUGAUCAAAUAAAAAUAUCUGGAUCUGCCUGGGAAGCCCAGAUCUAGUUGUAGUCCAUUUUUGACGAAAGGCUGCAAACAUUUAAUUAAUAAUUAAGCUAAGUGGAUUUUGACUCAUCAUUACCACUUACAUGGGAUGUGCAAAUUCACAAGCAUCAUGCGCUCUCCCUCCUCCGCGUAAAGAAAUUUGACUGCAACCAGCCACAGCGCACUCAAAUUGUACCGGGAGGCGGGACAGACAGCAGACUGCGUUUCGCUGUCAUCGCUCUCUUUGUGACUGACAGGCACCUAUCUUAUCAAUAGAUAGCUAGAAGAUGCAUAUCGUUCACUCUAGCGGGAGCGUGCUCGACAGACUAGUGAAUUGAAACUUUUAAAUGGAAAGUAGCCUAGUUAAUAUGAAAUCAAAAAAGUAGAAAUGAAUCUGUGACCGGCUGAUUAGCCGACCCGGCGCUAAUGGAAAACACUGCGAAGGGGGGAAGGGGACUAGGGCUAUGAGAAGGGAACUAGGGCUAGUGGCCAGGAGUUGUUUUGGGACUGGGCUAGUGGUAAAUGUUUUUGUGUUGGGAUGCAGAUGACUUUGGCAGUGAUGAAGACAACGACUUUGGAGAGGAGGAUGAUGAGGAUGGAGGGAGUGACUACGAAGCUAAACGAGGGAAAAAGGGAAAGACAGCCAAGGUGGCAAAGCCCACUAAGAGGACACCCAAGAGAAAACGACCCGCAGGUAAGAAUCAUACACUGAGGUGUCUGUGUGUGCGCCAGUUAUAAUAUGACUGUGUGUGUUAUAACCUGGCUACAUCUUUCUGUGUGUAGAUGACAGUGAUGAGGAGGUGAGUCGUAAGGUGCGUACGGUGCGGCAGGCUGCCACCAAGGCUGUGUCCAAACAGAGAGAGAUCUUGCUGGGAGACGGAGGCAGCGAGGACGAGGAACGCGAAGACAAGGAGGAGGCCUUCGCAGACCGUAAGUCAACCACUCAAAACAGGCCUACCCGGACCAAGCCCUUGAUCAUGACUCUGUUCCAUUACAUUACACACAAGUCAUUGAACGAAGGCAUCGGGCUGGGCGAUAUGGCCAAAAUAUCAUAUCACUGUAUUUUAAAAGAAUUUGACGGAAAUUUAUGUUUUUGAAUAAUAAAAGUUCUAAAUUUGCUUUAUGAGUAGUGCGUGACCCUAGGGUGGCAACAUAUACAUUCUAAGUAAUUUGAAUGGGUCUUUCUCCAUUCUGAUUGUUUUAUACUGUUCAAUUUGACCUAUCUAUUUCUGCAUUUCCUGCACUAAUUUGAGAUCAUUACCACACUGCCACGUAGGGUUGUACGAUAUGGGCAAACAACCUAGGCCUUAUUUUGAACCAAAUAUUGCAAUUGUUAUUUUACUUGCGAUUUAGAGCAAAACACUUGGGUGAACUGUUGGAAUCAUGCAAAUAUAAUUAUUAUUCUAAUUCUAUAGGUAGAAUAUAAUAUUGGGCACUUUCAAUACAGUGUUGGACAUGAAAACUAAUACAAAUGCCAGGGAUAAGUUAUUGUGACAGGGUAGGAGUGUUGACAAGGGUUUCCUAGCGGACCCUAUAUUCUUUGGCUACAUUGAAUGUUUUCUCUUAGCGACUUCAUGUAGCUAACAUAUUAAUGCGUCGCGUAUUCCUCUUUGAUUUAGAAGAUAUAUUUAGAAGAACAACAUGCUAAUUUAGGUCUACACCAUCACUGGUAUUAUUAUGCUGUACAUGUAUAAAUAAAUGUACUGAGUCAGCGCAAACGUAAUUAGCUACAGUGCAUUCAGAAAGUAUUCAGACCCCUUCACUUUUUCCACAUUUUGUUACGUUACAGCCUUAUUCUAAAAUGGAUUAGAUUGUUUCCCCCCCCCCCCCCCAUCAAUCUACACACAAUACCCCAUAAUGACAAAGCAAAAACAGAUUUUUAGAAACUUUUGCAGAAACCUGAAAUCCAUGUACCUAAGUAUUCAGACCCUUUACUCAGUACUUUGUUGAAGCACCUUUGGCAGCGAUUACAGCCUUGAGUCUUCUUUGGUAUGACGCUAUAAGCUUGGCACACCUGCAUUUGGGGAGUUUCUCCCAUUCUUCUCCGCAGAUCCUCUUAAGCUCUGUCAGGUUGGAUGGGGAGCGUCGCUGCACAUCAAUUUUCAGGUUUCUCCAGAGAUGUUCAAUCGGUUUCAAGUCCGGGCUCUGGCUGGGCCAAUCAAGGACAUUCAGAAUCUUGUCCCGAAGCCACUCCUGCGUUGUCUUGGCUGUGUGCUUAGAGUCGUUGUCCUGUUGGAAGGUGAGCCUUCGCCCCAGUCUGAGGUCCUAAGCGCUCUGGAGCAGGUUUUCAUCAAGGAUCUCUCUCUACUUUGCUCUGUUCAUCUUUCCCUCGAUCCUGACUAGUCUCCUAGUCCCUGCCGCUGAAAAACAUCCCCACUGCAUGAUGCUGUCACCACCAUGCUUCACCGUAGGGAUGGUAUUGACCAUAAAAGCCUGAUUGGUGGAGUGCUGCAGAGAUGGUUGUCUUUCUGGAAGGUUCUCCCAUCUCCACAGAGGAACUCUGGAGCUCUGUCAGAGUGACCAUCGGGUUUGGCCGGGCGGCCAGCUCUAGGAAGAGGCUUGGUGGUUCCAAACUUCUUCCAUUUAAGAAUGAUGGAGGCCGCUGUGUUCUUAGGGACCUUCAAUGCUGCAGACAUUUUUUGGUAACCUUCCCCAGAUCGGUGCCUCGACAUAAUCCUGUCUCGGAGCUCUACGGACAAUUCCUUCAACCUCAUGACUUGGUUUUUGCUCUGACAUGCACUGUCAACUGUGGGACCUUUAUAUAGACAGGUGUGUGCCUUUCCAAAUAAUGUCCAAUCAAAUGAAUUUACCACAGGUGGACUCCAAGUUGUAGAAACAUCUCAAGGAUGAUCAAUGGAAACAGGAUGCACCUGAGCUCAACUUCGAGUCUCAUAGCAAAGGGUCUGAAUACUUAUGUAAAUUUGCAAACAUUUCUAAACCUGUUUUCGCUUUGUCAUUAUGGGGUAUUGUGUGUAGAUGAGGAAAAAAAUAAAUGUAAUCCAUUUUAGAAUAAGGCUAACGUGACAAAGUGGAAAAAGUGAAGAAGUCUAAAUACUUUCCGAAUGCACUGUAGCUAAUUACGUUUGCGCUGACUCAGUACAUUUAUUUGCUAGCUAGCCAGCUAACUAGCGAUUAGCAUUAGCGGCCAAUAAGAUUUAGGCCCAACUUGCUAAGAAAAUACAAACUAGCUGUUUGCAGAUGUAGAAACUCAAACGAAUAAUGUAAUUGUAGAAAGCUUGUGGAUUUAUAUUAAGAAGCAAAGUGAAAACAGCAUCGUUGUCAUCAACAUUGUUGCAUGUGCUGCAAUGACCAUGCAGACUGAACGCAAGUGUCUCAUGGUCGAGGAACAACAAAUGUGCUCCUUGAGUGACGGGGCGUGGCUAGGUCUGUGUGGAAAGCGGCAUGGAGAGCGAUGACUCAAUUAGAUAAGUAAAUUAUAAAAGUGGACGUACACAAGGCAUAUUCCAUUUUAUCAAACCAAACAUUAAAAUACCGUUAUAGAAGGUAAAGUAAAAACCCAAACAUGUCCGUGCAUCAAUACCGGUAUAUCGUAAAAUAAGUUAUACCGCCCAGCCCUACGAAGGAGUCUUCUAUACGGGGGAGUGUUAAAAUUGGUGUAUAAAAUUGAGCACACAGCCAUGCAAUCUCCAUAGACAAACAUUGGCAGUAGAAUGGCCCGUACUGAAGAGCUCAGUGACUUUCUACGUGGCACCGUCAUAGUCAGUUUGUCACAUUUCUGCCCUGCUAGAGCUGCCCAGGUCAACUGUAAGUGCUGUUAUUGUGAAGUUGAAACGUCUAGGAGCAACAACUGCUCAGCUGCAAAGUGAUAGACCACACAAGCUCACAGAACGGGAUCACUGAGUGCUGUAGCGCGUAAAAAUCGUCUGUCCUCUGUUUCAACACUCACUGCUGAGUUCUAAACUGCCUCUGGAAGCAACGUCAGCACAAAAACUGUUCUUCUGGAGCUUCAUGAAAUGGGUUUCCAUGGCCGAGGAGCCGCACACAAGCCUAAGAUCACCAUGCGCAAUGCCAAGCGUCGGCUGAAGUGGUGUAAAGCUCGCCGCCAUUGGACUCUGGAGCUGUGUAAACGCAUUCUCUGGAGUGAUGAAUCACGCUUCACCAUCUGGCAGUCCGACGAACAAAUCUGUGUUUGGCGGAUGCCAGGAGAACGCUACCUGCCCCAAUGCAUAGUGCCAACUGUAAAGUUUGGUGCAGGUGGAAUAAUGGUCUGGGGCUGUUUUUCAUGGUUCGGGCUAGGCCCUUUAGUUCCAGUGAAGGAAAUGUUAAUGCUACAGCAUGCAAUUACAUUCUAGACGAUUCUGUGCUUCCAGCUUUGUGUCAACAGUUUGGGGAAGACCCUUUCCUGUUUCAGCAUGACAAUGCCCCCGUGCACAAAGCGAGGUCCAUAUAGAAAUGGUUUGUCGAGAUCGGUGUGGAAGAACUUGACUGGCUUGCACAGAGUCCUGACCUCAACCCCAUCGAACACCUUUGGGAUAAAUUGGAAUGCAGACUGCGAGCCAGGCCUAAUCGCCCAACAUCAGUGCCCGACCUCACUAAUGCUCUUUUGACUGAAUGGAAGCAAGUCCCCGCAGCAAUGUUCAAACAUCUAGUGGAAAGCCUUCCCAGAAGACUGGAGGCUGUUGUAGCAGCAAAGGGGGGACCAACUACAUAUUAAUGCCAAUGAUUUUGGAAUGAGAUGUUUGACGAGCAGGUGACCACAUUCUUUUGGCCAUGUAGUGUAUUUUUCAGGUGAAAUUACCAAUAAUCACCACCUCGUCCUCCUCUCUCUAGCUGAUGAGUCGGGCAGUGAUGAAGACUUCAUGGUUGAGGAUGAUGAUGAUAGUGACUAUGGCCGCUCCAAGAGCAAGAGGAGCAGCAAGAAGGUGAUCAAACGGAGCCGGCCGGAAAGGAAGGAAAAGAAAUCCCCCAAACCACGACUAAAGGCCACUGGUAGGACCGCUCACCAUGAAUCAAUCACCCAUAUCCUUCAGAACUGCAAGCAUCGGUUGUUAAAUGUUUUUUUCAGAUAAUGUGUAAGUAUCUUCCCAGCCUCAUAACGUCAUUGAAUGAAUGUGUAUCCAUAACUUUGUGUGUGCUUCUCCUCCCCCAGUGACCCCCAGCCCAAUGAAAGGAAAGGGUAAAGGUCGCCCCAGUGCUGCCAAGGCCCUGGAGAAGAGCUCGCCCAAAGAGGAGGAGGAAGAGGAGGAGCCAGAGAGCCCUUUGGAGGAGGAAGAGGAGGAGGUGGUGAAGAAAGACUCCUCCCCCGCACCCAAGAAAACGAAGGAGGCACCCGGGAAGGAGAAGAAGGAAAAGGAAGAUGAGGAGGAGGAGGAAGAGGAGGACGGAUCGGAAGAGGACGUGCCCUCUGGGGAAGACUAGACCCACAGAAGUCCCACCUCUCUCUCUCUCCCCCCUCCCCUUCCCUCUCUCUCUUUACCUUCUCAAGUUUUUGUUUCUCUUGGUUUAGAGUUUAUUUUGGUUUCAUUGGUGGCCUGGCUCAAUGGUUUGAACCUCAUUUGUUGUUUAGUGUUAGUUGUUUAGUGUCUGGCUUCCCGUAAUGACUGACUGACUGACUGACUGACUGAGGACAUGGUAUCUGUGUGCAUGAGAUCAUGCAUACCAUAUGGCUGUGAGGGAUGGAAGGAAAGAACAAGUGAGAUUUUACUCCAUCUCUCUGAACAUGUCCCAUCCCUCCAUCCCUGUCCCCUCUGCUCAGCUACACCUCCCUCCACUGGCACACCUCUCCUCUCCUUUCUCAUCUCCCUCUCUGCAGUGACUGCAUUAGUCUUUCCUACACAAGUCUGUGUGAAUCUCAAAAAACGGUUUCUUUAGGCUUUGUUAGUUUGCCUUUUUCUGAGAGCUCCGUGCUAGUGGACAUCCGUCCUCAACAGUCGCUUGGAGUGUAGAGUCACUAGUUUUCUUUCUGCAGGCUGAUGUGUGUGUGUGUGUGUGCAAGUGAGCCUUCUAUAAAAAAAUAAAUUCUAGCCAUCUUCUUUCUCUGCUGAGUUCUCCAUUCCCCUCUCCUCCCCAAGUAAUCUCUGGUCUGACAUGACUGAAUAGGUGAAAGCUAUGUAGAAUAACCCUUGCUUGACCUAUCCAGGAGAGUUAGAUCAGUGAUUACUGAGCCCUGGGUUUGUUCAGCCAGUCUGGGUUUCUAUCUCUAUCCUGGUUUCUCAGUGGACUGCUGUUGUCCAAUCAAAGCACUUUUUUAUUCACUGUGCCACACUACCCAUUGGUUUAGUUACAGCCCAACGCUGACUAAUCAGAGAAGGCCACACUGGAGACUCUUUGAGGGAGGAUAUGUCAGCGUGUUUCCUGUCUGUCUAUUUCCCUGUUGUAUCUAGAUUGUUCUCCCUCAGUUCCUGUGCCCACUAACCCCAUAGCGCUGUGCCAACACUGACAGUGCUUUUUAAACUCAAACACAACACGUUUUAAGGAAGGUUUUACGGUUGUUAUUUUAAUGUUAACUUGGUUGAAUUAAUGCUGUUCUAUUUCCCCCUACUCUGAGGUUACGCUCUGGCCCUGUGUCAAGGACCUUCAGUUUAACACAUACAUAUUCAAUAACAAAACAAGCUUUGUGUAACUGUUCAGUCAUGUGCUUUGAGAUCAAUUGUUUUUAUUGUAUUAUAAAGCAAAUAGGCAGAAUAAUCGGCAUUGGACAAAUAGCAAUCAGCACACGUCCAACACAUUUUUUCAUGAUAUUCAAUAUAACAGUACAUUCAUAGUACAAGGAACAGAGUUGAAGAUCACUUUGGAGUAGCAGUGUGUUAUUGUGCUUUAGACCGAGAGAUUACUCUGAGCGUCUGCGAUGUGCUGUAAACGGUUAUUUGUGUGGUGAGCGAGGGGGUCAUGGAAGCAGGUUCUAGAUCAGCCCUAAGAGAGCCUGUUUGUUUGCUGUGCUGGUACUACCAUUGUGCGGGUGUGAUGGAGCACACACUCAGGGGAUUUGGUGUUUCCUCACCCUAGACCCUCUACCAUUUGGUUUGUGGUUCAGAGAUUUUGGAUGCCUCUGUGCUAGGCAUGACACAUGCAUACACCGUACACACAUGCCAGCAGACACACACACUACCCUGGUAUGGCCAGAGCAUCCUUUCAUUGUUCAACCCUUUGUGCCAGGCAUCCACAAGCUUUUUUUAAAUUGAAUCGAGAGUUGUUUUUUUGAGAGGCCCUAAAAUGAAUGUUUUUUUUGUUGGUUUGUUUUAAUUCUCUAUUCAGAUUUUUUGUAAUGUUUGUUUUUUAAGAAAAUUAAUAAAAUGUAUCUUGAUUUUAAAGAGAAAAGUUGACCCAAUCCAUCUGUUUUUCUGCUGGGUUUAGGAAGACUGGGAGAGCAGACCCAGCAAUCCCUCCUUUCUGUUCCACUCUCCUCCUUUUCUCUCAUUCUAUCACUCAUCUCACGUGCUCUCCCUCUCCUGCACUCAGCUCAUACUCACUCCUUCCCUCUCUCUCACACACACAUGGCUCAUUCCCCUCAGACAGAAGUAGUCAGGGUGUUGAUGUAGUCAACAGUGAUGCUGGCUAAUGUUUCACUCCAUACCUCUCCUCUACAUCCAAGAAACACUAGCUGCAUUUCCCCUACUCUGCCCUUCACAGAUCUGAUAGGACUGGAUAAGUGACAGCAAUAGAGCCCCACAGUGGAGGUGUCAUAAUACCCAUAAAACCUACCGGUCAAACAGGGAAAUGGUUCCAAUUGUUUUUUCACCAUAAAUUUUUCCCUUAUGGAAUUUUAGAAACACUUAAAAUAAGGGCAGUGUUUCGUGUAGGCUUACCCUGGCGAGAUGUUUUGAUAACCGUGUAAAUAUCUCUCAGACAAGAUGAUUUUUUAAAUCAAUAUAUUCGGCUCUAUUUACUGAUUGAAAAAUGCUAAUUAGUGUCAAAGUAGACAUGCAAGACUACAAAUCCCUGCAAGCUCCUGCAUGUCAUCUCUAGCUGACAUCUUUGCUAACGGGUAUUGUGUCAAUUUAAAACUUGCGCAAGACAGUUCACAGAAUUGUCCAUUUAAAGAAAUGUAGCCAAUUUAUUAAUGCCUAAACUUAGCUAAAAUUAGUUAACCCAGAGAUUCUUACCUUUACCUCGAUUCAGCAGUCUCAUCCAGAUCAUCAUGGUAUUUGUAGUUCUUAAUGAUAGCCACAUUAGCAGCUAAUUAGCGUUUAAUUUUUGGAGGGUAAAUAUAGGCCAAUAUAGUGAUAAGUUAUCUUGUCCUAGAGAGAUUUACACGGCUAUCAAAACGUCACGCCAGGGUAAGCCUACACGAAACAGACCUUAUUUUAAGUGUUUCUAAAAUCCCCUAUGGGAAAAAUGAAUGGUGGGAAAACGAUUGGAACCAUUUCCUUGUUUGACCGCUAGGUUUUAUGGGUAUUAUGACUCAUACUGUGGUACUCUAUAUGAAGGAAUCUAGGUCAAACCACUGCUUAUGCCUUCCCGGUUGUUUCAGAUCUGCAAAUAGGAGAAUACAAGGGCAGAAGUGAGAGAGAAGGCAUGAAAUGAGUGCAAGAGAAUGUUUUGGUGUUGCUCCUCCCUGGGUUGAAAAACAUUUUUGAGCCAAACCUAUGGUAUCGUAAUGCAUUCUUGGUCUAUAUGGGUUCAUUAUUGUUUUCGCUGAGAAUUAAAGCUACUAGUUAUUCAAACGAGUUUGGGCGCUUAAAGAUUGAGUCGGUUUCUUAUUGCCUUAUUUUCCCUUGGUACUACUGAACUAGAGGAGCACUUGGUAUGGUGUGAUACAUGGGGACUGGAGGGGAUUUUAGGGUGAAUACUAAACUUGUAGAUCAGAAAUGAUUCCACCCAGCCUACAGGAGUGCCUAGGGCGUUGGGGCUAGUGGUCGCUUUGGAAUUCAGCAAAUGAGUGCUCUGCCUCGGAUGCUGACCAACUGAAGCCAUAGAUCUGACAUAGUAUAAGAGGAGGACGUGGAGGGGGUGUCUGUCAUCAAAGAAAAUAAUGAAAUAGAAGACUAGCUGACAGAUCAAAGCUGUCAUUAUACCAAGGGACCACUGUAUGUAUGUAUAUAUAUAUUGGCCUAUCAGUCAGACCCAAUGAUGUUCUGACCAAUACCAAAUCGCUCAAGAUCCCAAGACUGCAUAUAUGUGCCCUAGAAGCUGUUUCAGCAGACCCAAACCGAACCUUGGUUCUGGUGCACUUUCCCUGGUACCCUCCUGAUGGCAGUGGACAAGUGUUUAUAUGCCUAAUUCCAAACUGGCCCCUAUAUUCCAAGCACUUCUGUAGAUCUUAGAUAGGUAUUAGCAAAUUUUAAUGACAAAAGUAAAUUGCUUAUACCUAUUCAAGCCUUGGCUACACAUGGGCCUUAGUGUUAGGGUUAGCAGUUAAUUUGGAUUGGUCAUCUUCGUAUAGGGCUUGUAUCAUGUUCCUGAAUGUCACUGAAAGCUUGUACUGUAUGGGGUUUCUGUGUCCAGGCAGUAGGGGCUCCCACAGAGAGCUCCCCAACAGGGCUAUGAGGUCCGUACUGCUAGGCUUCUUUUCUGAUAGUUAA